AUGUGUGAAGCGGAUAACAGAAGUGCCUCUUUCUUUCAUAUUCUUGAUCUAAUAACUAUUCUAAAGCCACAAGGAAUCAUACUAGAAAAUGUAAAAGGUUUUGAACAUUCUGAGCCAUGGAGACGACUAAUUGAAGUAUUGAAUACCUCUGGUUAUGAAUAUCAGCAAUUUCUACUUUCUCCUCUGCAAUUUGGCAUCCCAAAUUGUCGUCUUCGGUUUUACCUUGUCGCUCGCCUGCCUUCAUCAUCUUUGAGUUCACAACUUAAAAUGGGAAAUUCUGAAUUCAUUGAUUUGAAACCACCGAUGGAUGUGCCUUGUUUGCCAGGUUGCAUGUGUACACUGUGUUGUGAUCUUGUCAGGCACAUAGAACACACGGAUGAUAAUUUCUCUGAGUAUGUUAAGUUCUGUCGACCAAUUUCAGAGUUUCUAUUAUCACCAAUUGAAAGUAUGAGUGAAGAAUUACAUUUUCUAGAUGAAAAGUGCCUUCAACGUUACUUCCGUAUAUUUGAUAUCGUUAGGCCUACUGAUAAAAAGACACGAUGUUUUACAAAAGGUUAUGCAAAACGAAUGGAAGGUACAGGGUCUGUACUACAAACCUCUAUGGAAAAUGAAACAAGUGAGAAAAUAAACACUUUUUAUGAAGCUAACAAAAAUAAUGAACAAGCUAUUGUACAGUAUGCUGAACACUUAAAAUUACGCUUUUUUCAUCAUCGUGAAGUGGCUAACUUUUUGUGCUUUCCCAAAAGUUUUGAUUUCCCAGAAAACAUAACAGAAAAACAACGUCUUCGUUUAUUGGGUAACAGUGUAAAUGUAUUAGUUGUUGGUCAUUUAAUUUAUUGGGCUUUUGGUGCAAAAUGA